AUGGCGCUCCCCAUCUUCCCAGGCGGGAGUUUGAAGAGACAUGCAGGGAUGCCCCUCCGGAGAGAUAAAACAGGACUGAUAAACCAGUCCAUACUGAGGGUGGUUAGAAAACACCCUCGAGUACAUAAACUAAAGCCCGUGGCGCGCCGCGAAUGCGACACUACGCGCAUGAACAUGAGCGAGAACCUGUCCUCACGUGAUUCCUACUUGGAAACAGCUGUAGGAUAUGUUCAAAUAUGUAGAGAAGGUGGAGAGUGCAAAGUAAAAGCAAGAGUAGUUCCUGAACACAAUGUUAACAAAAAACCCUACACUGUUGUGUGCAUAAUAAAUGAAAAUGAUGAUGUCAUUAUAGACUCAACUUGUGAGGAUCCAACUUGUGCUGCUGCAGCAGGUGGUUGCAAGCACUCACUGUUGCUUCUCUUCUGGUUGGUCAAAAAGAGUUUGGAACCUGCAUCCACUUCAACGGAAUGUUAUUGGAACAAACCACCAUUGUCACCUGUUCGUGUAGAACAUGUCUCUAGCAAAGACAUAUUUCCUCGAGCAAAGAAACUGAAACUGGAUCCAAAAGAUCCUUCCAUUCUAGCAGAAUUUUACGAAGAAUGUGAUAAGAGACAAAUCAAAAAUUCAUUAAUAGUUAAGCACAAUCCUGAAAGGAGGGAACUUAACAUGAACAUUUUUGAUCUAACCCUAACUUUAGUAGAAAAAAAUUUAACAUAUGAUUAUUCCAGUUUCAAAGAUUUUUUGGAUGAAGUUGUUGACAGUCAUGUUAUAAAGACUAUAAAUGAGAAAACUGAAGGCCAAAUUGCAAAUAUUGGCAUAACAUACGGCAGGGGAGGCUUACUGCAUCCAAGCUUCAUGAAGCUGCUCAUUGUCAAACUGAUGGUUCAUUAGUGCAACAGAUACUGGGCGGAUACAAAGUCCCAGAAACCAGACAAAUGCAACGUGGAAGAAAACUUGAAUGGAGUGUGCUAAAGGAAGUUGAGCGUAAACUGAGCGUAUAUAUACAUAAAUCUGGUUUUGUAUUAAUUAAUGGAAUAUUAGGGGCAUCUCCUGAUGGUGUGGCCGACGACUUUGUUCUGGAAAUAAAAUGCCCAGCAACAGAAAAAGCA